GCUGAGGGCUUGCUGUAGUGACAGUGCUGUGUCAGUUGAAAAAACGUAUAUUUGACCUGACUGUGAUACCUCACCAAUCAUUGAACCUCACACCCACCCUGUCAGGCCUGGGUGAGACAGAUCGUGGACAGACAGACAGCUAACCGUCGGCAUCCGUUUUCCCUCUCAAUUCUGAUAUUUGAAGUGUAGGCCUACAGUUUUUAGCAGUUACGUUAGCUACCUGCUAUGGAAAUUAUCUCUGGAUGACUUGAGUAGAAUUUAUAAGAGAUAUGGUGAAGCAACAGAUGUUGAAGACUGAUGAAUGUACCAAGGGGUGUUUGCCCCCUCUUUCUAGCAGUGAAGACUUCACUAUUGAUGAUGUUGAUGUCCUCAACCCACCACUGCCCUCCUCGCACCCAUUUCACCCAGAGCCUUGGAUGCGAUGUGAGCCAAAUAGAAACAUGGAGAGUGAAAACUCCUCUAGUCCUGUCAUCGUGGGAGAGAGCCCUCUGUUGGAGCCAUUUUCAUUGACAGUACCUAUCAGGUCUUCACCUUAUGAGUGUACACUCUGCCAUAAGAUGUUUGGAACAGCCAACACACUCAACAAACAUCUACAGACCCACCAACAGGAAAGACCACAUGUUUGCCCCAUCUGCCAACAAGCAUUUAAACGUCAUGAUCACCUCAAUGGCCACAUGUUGACCCAUCAGAAACGCAAGCAGUUCCGAUGUGCUGAACCUGGGUGCCAGAAGAGCUUUUGUGAUUCUCACUCCCUGAAGCGCCACUAUAUCUCUCAGCAUGGUCUCCCUUUCAUCCCUCCCAUGUCCCAAAGCCCCCCUCAUCUAACCCACCCAGCCCACUCUGCUGCUACCAAGUGGGAGUCUGUGGAUAGUGCUGCAUAUUUGGCGGGUUCAACAGCUCACUCUAAUUACCACCCCAUGUUCCUGACCCAACCCAAACCUACAUUAGACACUCAACAGAAGGUUGCUGAUUACUCUGGCUUUUUCAGCUUCAACGGUUACAAAGGAUUUGCUCCUCCAAGUGGCCUACAACUGAACAACUACUCAGAGCAGAACAUCUCUCAGUCAAUGCCUAUCUUAGUCCUGGACACGUGGAUGCAGCGGUCUGACAAAAGUCCCAGGUGCCCAGGUGAAUUACAUCCACCCCAGUGGGCCCCUGAGCCUAGUAACAUCAGCACUGCUACGAUACCAUCACUACCUCCUGGAGUGGAUGGCCCAAGUCCUCAUGGAUGGGAGAGUGUAGAUGACUUCCCUGUGUCUGACCUCCAAGUGCUUGAAGAAAUGUUGUCCUCUCAUCCCUGUAGUGAGGUUGGUAACGGGGAGUGUUUAUUGAAGCCAGCGUCCCCAGAGAAGAGCUACUCUCCGUCCAAGCAGGAGCAGUCGACUUAUGGCCAGAUGAACUCGGAAGGGAAACCCCAAGUUAACACUCAGCUUCAUUCUUUUGAACCAACAGCAAGCUCCGAUUCCAGUGUAACAUCUACAUCGUUUCCCAACACUGUUUUCAUCCACUCAAGCUCAAGUCUUCCAAACAAGCCCAACCCAGUCCCACCUAUCCCACCACCACCAGCCAUUGUCCUACCCUGCCUCUACAGUGUGCUGAAGUCAGAUACUUGUAAUACAAAGACCGACAGUAAGCGGAAGAGAGAGAGGAGGAAGAAGAUGAGGGCUGUAGAUCUUCCCGCUCCACCUCUAUCCAUACCUCGCCCCACCUCUCUCCUGGCUCCCCGACGUCCCCGCCCUCGACCACACUACCUAGUCUCCCCAAGCCAGGUGGCUAUGGCCUCUUUCAGCUCAGACAGCAACCCUUGUCAGACCUUCCAGGGAAGAACUAUCAGUGUGCCAGGAGAGGGACAAGAGUGUAGUGACAGGAUAUUACCUAGCUCUCACCAGACAGAACACAGCAACAAGGCCAAGUCCUCAAGUGGACCAUAUGCACCCUGUAUUAAAAUGGAACCUUACUCUCCAGAGCCUGGAGAGAGAGGACCACAGACUCUGAGGUCGCCAUCUAGAACAGAACACAUGCCUCUGUCUCCUUUGGUCAUACCUGUUUCAGUUCCAGUCUCUGUGGAGACUGACCCUGACAGUCCUUCGUCACUCAAUGCGGAGAACCCUCAGAAUGGUUCAGGGAGGUCAAAGAGGAGCCGGCGUCUUGACUUCAUGAAGACUCUGAUCAUCCCUCCUCCCAUGCUCCCACAGCCAUCCCAACGGAGGCUCCUAGGAGAGGAGGGUGGGGGUGCUCCCUGGUGUCGUGCAGCAGGCGGCUACCCCAGUCAGCUACGCUCCCCCAUGUACCUGGCAGACCACCUGCUCAACCCCAGCUUCCAGCCUCCUCCCUACACACCCCCACCCAUGCUGAGCCCCCUACGCCCAGGGACCGGCCUGUACUUCAGCACACUGCCUUGGCUUCACCCCGGUCCUCCCCCUCCCAGCAGCUACACCGCCUCUUUGGAUGGAGCUGAUGGAAUCUCCUUGAUGAUGGACGACACAGUGGUCAACAUAGAGCCGAGAAUCAACGUGGGCCAACGUUUCCAGGCUGAGAUCCCACCCAUACGUAACCUGCUUCUAAUGUUAUAUGAUGAGCACCCUGCCCAGCUUGUCUGGGCUCCAUGGGGAGACAUAUCCAGCAACAUGGAAACACAAAGAGGGGUGACUGAACUGAUGGACUUGUGCUGUUCCAGCAUACUGCCAGGAGGGGGCACCAACACAGAGCUGGCCCUCCACUGUCUGCAUGAGGUGCAGGGAGACAUUCUGGCUGCACUGGAUUUACUGUUAGUCAGGGGAGACUUCCGUUCCUCAACACACCCUUUGAGUGACUAUCACUACCCAGGGUCAGAUGAUUGGAGUCCUCAAGAGAAGAAACUAUUUCGUAAAGCGCUGCUCACCCAUGAGAAGGACUUCCAGCUUAUUCACAGUGUGUUACAGACUAAGUCCGUCUCCCAGUGUGUGGAGUACUACUAUGCCAUGAAGAAGCUCAAGAAAUUCAAGCAACGCAGCCGAGGAUCAGACAAAAAGGAAGCAGUUGGUGAAGAGCCUCAGAUGGAGUCACCUGGCUGUUAUGAGGACAACCAUGUGGGACGGAGAGGGCCCAGGAGGACACUUACUAAACCAGGGAACAGGACUAAAGGGGUACAGGAGGAGCAGACUACCACAGGAGGUGCUUUGGAGUACAUCUGUCGAGAGUGUGGGCGGGUAUUUGACAAGGUGAAGAGUCGUAGUGCUCAUAUGAAGACCCACCGGCAGCAGGAGAGGGAGUGGCUGACCAAGUAUGUCUGUCCUAUGGGCUGCCCUGCAGACAACCCUCAUGAAGGAGAUCCAGGUCAGGACUCUGACAAGGUGCCUUUACUCUACUGUACCAGAGGGAUCCUCUAUAAAUAAAUAAAUAAUAUAAUAUAAUAGUUGUGAGCACAGGACUGUUUCAGUUACUGACAAGUCAAGUGUAAGUCGAACUCUUACACAUGACCGAAAUUCACUCGCAAUGAAUUCAUAUUGGCAGGUAUUUAUUGAAAAUCACUUCUAAAUAAUGUUUAACUAAA